GAUUAAAUGGAAACAUGUAAAGAUGGCAAAGAAAUGUAGAAAUCUGUAGUUUAGUUACAGUAUGUGACUUAUAUCUAAAUGUAUAGGUGCGUUUGAACAUACUUUCUAAAUUCACCCCAGUACAACAUAUUUGUUAUUCAAAAACAGCAACACGUUUUUGGGUACACUCUAUAAUGAUUUUUCUACUCUCAGCCAACAUAUCUGUGACAUUUAUAUAAAGUGCAUUUAUUUGCAUACCAUAUGCUGUGGAUGUCUUGUCUUUGCUAGUUCUUCUGUCCCUGCUGGGCCAUCUAUGUCAUUAAAGAAGUGCAAGUCAUGGAUAACCCUUCUAAUCUUGAUGGCUUUGAAGGACUGCCUUUAGACAUGUGGUUCAACCAGUUACAGUCCCAUCAGGAAAACCCUUCAAGCGUAUUUCCCCACCCUUCCAGCCAACCAUUACGAGAUUACCCAAUGCAUACCAACAGAACAAUGCCAGUGACUUUUUCUAUGGAAAACUCCUUAGCUCAAGUUAGUCAAAGCUCUCAUUUGAUGAAUUCAUCCCUCCUCUCCCAGUAUGGCCUUUCUAUGCAGAGUCAACCUGAGCACCAACUUAAUGAACGUUCUGCUUGGACUCAUAUGAUGUCUCUUGAUCAGUCUCUGGGCUCUUAUGGAGCUCACGAUUCAAUCAGACAUAUGCAAAACAGAUAUUCUCCAUUAGAUGAGCUGGGGGAAAAAAACGAUAGUUUGAUCAAGAGCCAUCCUAUCUCAAACUUUUCCAGCAUUAAUUCAACUAGAACACCAUUCACCUCUGCUGUUGCUAGCUCUGUGUCUGAAAGCCAUAACACUUACUACCAACAUCCUACUCAAAACUCUUCUCAUGAGAAAGCCGUUCAGCAUUUGGGUCAGUUAAUGAACUUGUCAAAAGCAUCAAAUAUUGAGAAAGCCUCUCAUCCUUUAACCGUGGUCACUGACAUGAAUUCACUGGAAUCUUCAGGGGAGUAUUCUCCAGUCUCACCUCCUACCACAGUGGCAGAUAAACUUUCAAUAUCUAGAUCACUUAUGAAUCAAGGGCGAGUAGCAGAGCUACUGAUGAGAGAAAAUGAUGUUGCUGUGAGCUAUGCUCCCUCCCUAUCUUCCUCUGACCCUACCGACAUUUUUAGCUAUUUUUCUAAGAUGGAGCAAGGCCCCACAGGCCUUCCUUCACAAAGUAUUCAGGAUAAUAAAGUACUCACACAUAUGCUUCACUCUGGCAGCACAUACAAUGAGAUACCCAGUCCUUCAGAUACACCAUUAGACAUGACUACAGCUAUCAGCACAAAGACUGAUAAAACUCAGUCAUUGCUUCCAGAAUUGAUGAGAGCUCCUGUUCAUGUACCUGUGAGUGGCACUGUAGCUGGUAAUGACAAGCUACCACUUCUACAUACUUUGUUGAACAAAAGCAAAGUGUUAUCUUCUGACAAUAUGGAAACACCAUCUGAUGUCACUAACAAACAGCAGCUGGAACUAUCCAUCAGCUCUCAGGCUAAGCUUGUUAAACCACUCAAAAGCACACCCAAAAAGUCCAACUUUUACGGUAGGGAUGCAUCUCUCUUCUCAUUCCCUUCACAAGAGCCAGAUAAUGAUUCUUCUCAGCCUUGUGUUGUGGAUGAAUCCUCUACAAAUAUUGAAAACAAGAGCGACAGCCUUAAAGAAGAAACAGACAGAUCUUCAGGAAAAAAUAGUGGUGAGAAAUCUGAGAACAGUUUCACUGAUGUUUGGGAUUCCACAAAUCCUGAAGAUGUGUCUACUAUAGAUUUAUCUUUAAAUAACAGCUCUGGGGACAAUAAUGGCGAUUCAAUGUUUCCUCUAAACUCUUCAGACAACACUUUUGGAUCAGGAUUUAAUGCCAGUUUAGCUCAAUCUAUUGAUUCGUUCAUUGAGGAAUCUACAAGAAAAACUGUUGAAAGUGAUAAUGAUACUGAGGUGGAAGAAGAAAAGAGUCUUGUGUUAGCUGAAGAAACACAUAAUAAUGAAAUUGACAACAGUUCAUUUGAUGUAAAAAUGAUUGUAAAUAAUAGUGAACCACAAAACCUUGAUAAUCCAGAAAAUGAAUUUUCUAGUACACCACCCAUUCGUGGCAAGGCUAAAGCUACUAGAGGAAGGAAACGUAAAGCUUCUGGUCUUCCACCCAAGCCUAGAAAGCAGCCAACCAGAAAACAAGGUCGUGCCAAAAAAACUAAAGCAGCCAUAAGCCAUGAGGAUGAAACCUUGGUUAACACAGAAGUUCAACUUGAGGAGGCUGGUGAGCCUGUAGUAAAUACUAUUCCUAAGAAAAAGAGGGCUCCACCAAAGGCUCGUGAAGUCUUACAGGAGGUAACACCACGGCGAAGUUCUAGCCGCAAAUCAAAAGAUAAUGCAAUGAGACUUAUUGAGCAACAGGCAGACUCUAAUUACUCUGACUUUCGUCAAGCAGAUGAAGAUGAAGAAGAAGAGCAAGCCACAGAAAAAAAAUCUUUGCGAAGCUCCAGAAAGACUCCAGUGCAUUCAAAGUUGAUUGAUGAGGCAAGUGACGAAGAGACAAUUGAGGAAAAAAGUGAUGAUGACUAUGUGAUUGAUGAAGAUGAAGCGCAUGUGAUAGAAGAGGAUGAUAUUUUUGAAGCUGAAUCUGACAAAGUUAAAAAAUCUACAGAGAGAAAAGUGGGGGGUCUUAAAAUAUCCAUCAAGUUGAGUGGUAACUCUUCAGCAGAAAUAGUUUCUGGCAUCUCAGACUCACCACUGAAAAAGAAAAGAAAGGCUGCAAAAAAGAAAAAUAGCAAAGCCAAAAAUAAGAAACUAUUAAGCGAAGAAAUACCAGCAGAUACUGCAAUGGAGACUGAAGAAUUAGGAGACUGUGGUCUAGCUGUUAAAGAGCAGCAAUCAGAUGAAAAGGCAACAGCAGAAUCUGCAAGUGAUGCAACAGAAAAACACAUGUCUUUAAUGGAAAAAUAUUUCUCUAGUGCUAAUUCUGCUACAGUGGCCCGACAAACCCAGAAAACACAAGUGAAAGGCAACAAAAUGAAAAAGAAAGUAGGGGUUGUUAGUGCAAAGAUAAAAACUGGUCGAAAGAAAUUGGAAGAUUCUGGUGUAAAACAAAAGUCAUCUGUUAAAUUUGAUAUUGAUAAAGAUGAGAAGAUGGAGAAGGCAAUGGAUAAGGAGGACUCAGAUUCUAACACUCCAAAAUUUGUGUGUGGUUAUUGUCCACAGCGGUACCACAGUAAGCAAGAUCUUAUGACCCAUAUGGAAGACCACAUGAUGGAGAUGGAGGCUAAAGAUACUGCCCCCACCCCAGGGACAGAUGAGAAGAAGAAAAAUAAUGAAUAUUUGGGGCAAGCCAUCAAUAGCAGGGAUCCCAGGGCACAUAGAAGUCCCACAAAUGGCAGCUCACAGCCUUUAAAUAAACAGUCUAUGUCUGAUAAAAAGAUGAAGUUGGUUGUUGAACUCAAUAAAGAUUUGGAUGCUCAAAGUGAAUUAGCAAAAGCUAAAUUCAAGUGUGGAGAAUGUGGGGAGAUGUUCACAUCAAAGCCUUCUCUCCUGGACCAUGUACGUAUCCAUACAGAUGACAAACCAUUCGAAUGUGAUAUUUGCCAUAAAUGUUUCACAGAGAGAAAUCUUUUGUCAGCGCAUCGCAAGACCCAUGUUCCAGAAAAGCUGUUACGCUGUCAUAUGUGCAGCAAAGCUUUUGUUGACAAGGCAGAUCUAAACCAUCACAUGCAAUCUCAUCCUAAACGUUCAGGGGUGAACCAACCUGGGAAAUUUGACCUAGCUCAUAAAAAGACGUUUAAAAAGGUUCCCCAAGACGCCCAAGAUAAAGUGGCCUCUUUUCCUCCCAAAAAACCCACAUCUUUUGCUUCUGCCUUGAGUGGUGAAAUAGAAACUGUUGAUAAAGAUGAUAGUAAUGCACCUCUUGUUUUGCAUUUAAAAAGGGGUGGAGAGACAUCCGUCACAAAUGUUCCCAAAACUACAAGCAGUGGUAGUAAUUUAAUAGCAAAAAGUAUUUCAGCUGACUCUAAACUUGUUCCUAAGACAAUACAGUCAAGUGUUCCAAAGUUGAAAAUAAACAUCCCUGAAGCAAAAUUAAAAGUACCCGACAAGAUAGAAGCUCCUAGAACAAAAGAGAGUGAAAAACCCAACAUAAUUAGACCACUAAGUAAUGCCAAACCUGCUUCAAAUAACAACAAACCUGCUACAAGUAAUCCACCUGCAAAUAAAACAGAGCAGACUCCAGAUGGAGUCUGUAACUGUAAAGAAUGUCCUGACUGUGUCACUAGAUUCCUCCAGAGUUUUGAUUGAACUUUUGAACAUUGUACCUUGUUUUUUUCUUGUCUUCAUUAAAUGGAAUGAGCAGAUGAAUGCCAGGUAACAAUUGUUUUCCAUCUUAUUUGAUAAGUAUCCUGUUCAAAUAUUUGUGUGUGUGUUGUUGGAUUUGCACUUACUGUAAUAACAGUGAGUAUAAUGUUCUGAUGAAACAAUGUAAAAGAGCACAACCUUCAAACUUUGUUCUUUUGAAUGUGAUCACUUGCUAGUUCAAAGGUGUGUUCUUUUGUAAGGGCAAAUGAAUUUUUUUUUUCUUCUUUCUUCUUAUUCUCUUCUGUUUUCAAAGUUUGUUAGCAAUAAUUUAUCACAUGGACAUUUAUGUGGCAAUAAAUUUUGGUGAAAUCAUUUUGACAAUUUUACACAUUUACUAUCUAAUCAUAUUGCUGAAGAAAGUUCUUUUUAUGACACAAGUUACUUACUCAGCUAGUCUGUGCUAAUGUAAUGUCACUUUAGCACUUACUUUUUUUUUUUCUUUCAACAUAAAAAUACAAUAAAGUAUUAGUAGACCGACCAUAUAAGCAAUGAAAUAUCAGAAAUUAAAAAUUUGCACUUAAUAAAUUUAUCAACUUUAAUAGCAAAAAAAAAAUAUUUUUUUAAAUGAAAAUAUAUUUAUUAUAGUAUAGAAUUGUUUGAAGCCACUAAAUUAACUUUUUUCUUCUGGCCUUUGUGUAACAGAAACAUACACAGAUUAAAAUUUACCAAGACUAGGUCUUAAGUAGAAGUUUAUCAUGGUAAUUGUGUUAGUAUUUAUACUGUUCUUUAUUUAUUUUAUCAAACAAUGGUGUAGAGCAUUACAUUAACUUGAAUUUUUUAAAUUAUCAAAUUAGUUGUGAAAAUUUGCAUCUAAGUUUAUUUUUACUGUAAACAAAAUUUUUAACAUUUAGUAAUGUUCAUUUGAAUUAUGUGAUUGAGUUUUACUGUUAUGUAUUUGCAAGCCAUAAUCCAUUAAUGCUUCCACUCAAAUCUAUACUCUCGCAUUUAUUUAGGAAGGCUGUGAAUGUUUCACACUAAUCUAGAAUUGGUGAGAAUGAUUACUAUGAAUAUUCUUGCCGCUUUUACAUACAUUUGAUAGUAUAUGUAAAAUAGCAAAGUAGGUUUUGGGUUAACCAUAUACUUUUAAGAACAUUGUAUGUUUUCAUGAAUCUUCAGUGUGGAUGGAAAAUGUUUUAUGUUCAAAGUUUUGUGAAAUAUCUCUACAAAUGUUAUUAUUUAACACCUUAGUUUUUAAGAGACAUUAAAACAAAAAUUAUGAUGAAUUCUGUGAAAUCACAAACAAUGUUCCUUAUUUGACUAAAAAAAAACAACUAUUCUUUUGUUAUGUGAUUGUUUUAAGAUUUCUUUAGGAAAGUUAUUAAUGAAAUGAUACCUUGAUUCAGUUGGCAUGGUUUUGUUUUAAAAUUGGUAUGUUGAUUUCUUUUACAUGAAGCCAUACCUCAUUAUAUCCCAGUUCAUUAAGCCACAUUGAUUUCUUUUAUAUACAAGAUCCAGAGUUUGUUAUAAACCAAGUGUUGACGCUUGCUGUUAAGCUACAACUAAAUAUGCUUAGGUGUUUUAGAGUAAAAAUAAUAAUAUUCAUUUGAUGGAAUUACUCUUUUUUUUUUUUUUUCAAAUUGAAUACCAUUCUUGCAAUAAAAAAUGAAAAAAAUAUAACCUCUUUUUUUUUUUUUUUUUUUUUUAAGCUCUUUUAAUUUUUGACAUAAUCACCUAAAGGUAAUUAGUAUUUUUAAAAGUAUGCUUUUUCACAAGCUACUGUAGAACAGUUAAUUUAAAUUUAGCUUGUUAAAUGUUAUGAUCACAUCAAAUAUCAUUUUAUGAAAAAGAAAUAUAUAUUUUUUGCAUAUAACUUCCUUAAAUUGGCUUUUUCUGUCAUGUAAAUUUCUUAGAACAUUAUAUACUACUUUUCAAAGUUAAUUAUCAAACAUCAUGUAUAGUAUUAGCUAGAACUAUCUGCAUAAUAAUUAAUUUUAUUUGGAUUUGAUUUUAAUUAUUAUGAAACUUUUGCUGCCGCAAAAAAAGCUGUGCACCUUCCUCUCUUCUCUCUAAAUAUGAAGUUAUUGAAAUAAAUUAUUUAUUUUUUUUAGAUUAUGCCAAAGUUUUCGCAGCUCUACAGAGAAUAUGAAUUUGUAUGCAUUUCAUACUUUACUUUUUAUUUAUUUAUUUUUUAAAUUGUCAAUUUAAAGAAAAUGGGGAGAAGCUACAUAAUUACACCAAGAAAGAUAGUUUUUGGACCUACUUCUUUCUAAAUUCUGUUAAUAUAUGGUUAGUUAAAUUUCUAAACAUUAAUAAACUAGCAAAGGAAGAGGUUAUGUCUCAUUUUAUUUAAACUAUUAGUACUUGUACAUUUAUUGUAAUACAUGUAGCUAUUACACACACAUAAACACAAAUUAUGCUAAGAACAUUAUAUAGAUGUAUGGAAAAUUCUUUUUUUUUUUUUAUUGAAAUUUUUCUCUAGUUUUGUGUGAUUAGGGUGUUUUAUUUUUUUAAAUUAAUGUAUUUAUUGCUUUUUUGUGUUUGUUUGUUUUUUUCUAUUUUUAUGUUUACAUAUUUCAAUUAAAUGUAGUUUGAGUUAUACCAAUUCACUUUUUUUUUCUCAUGUUGAACUUUGUAUAUAGCAGAAUUAAGGAUUGGUACAUCAAAUUUUUUUUUUCUUUUUUUUUUUUUCCUGCCUUAGAUAUUGUUUUUUUAAAUGGGGAAUGAUGCACUUUGACAUAGCACUAUCAGAAUAUCUGCGACUAUUUCGCUUUCACAGUUUGGUAUCUGCUGUUUGAUUUUGUUUAUGUAUAAGCACCAUUUCAUUUUCUCUUUAAAGAAAUUACCUUACUGAAAGUCAGUUGUCUCACUAUACGCUGUAGAACAGAUUAUUGCAAGCUAUUGUUUUUUUUUUUCUUGUUUGUUAUUUUAAAGUAUUUUCAUAUUAGUCUUUUUAAAGAAUGUUAACCUUUAUUGCUUGCAGACAAUGACAAGGUCAUCUAUGUAAUCUGGUCUCAAUGUUCAUGUCCUCUCAUGUAUUAAGGCCAAUGUAUUUUAUGUGUAGAUAAAAAUUGUGAGAAUAGUUUGGUAGGUAUGUGAAACAUACAGUACACAAUAGGCUUAAUUCUUGUCAUUUUCAGUCUUUCAUCUGUGAGAAUGUUCUGAUUUUGUCUUAGCUGAUGUGUAUCUAGUAAAAUCAUGUUAUUUGUGAGACUGUCUUGUGAUGUAAUAUGUGGUCUCCAAUGUCAUAUAUUCACGAGUGGGGCUGUCUAGUAAUUUGAUGUGCUGUUUGGUGAGACAUAGCAAUGCUGUAAAAUGUGAACUUGUGAGUGUGUGGAGCUAUGUAAUAUGCUUAUUAGUUAUUGGUGAGAUGUGACCUAUCAGACAUAAGUAUUAGACUCACCUUGUUGUUGACCUAUUCCGGGCUAUGAGAGUUUGUUUAGUCACCUCCACUAAAUUGUGUGUAAGCACAGCCAGUUGUGUUUCUGUAAAUUAUUGACAUGUAUGUAUUUAAUUUGCAAUUAAAGAUAAAUCGGUAAUGA